AAAAUAAUCAAAAGAAAUUGAUGAUUACUUGUGUUAGUCUUUAUCAUGAUGUGAAUUUGUGCGCCUAUUCUUGCCUGACCCCACUACUGUUAUUUAAAGUUACGGUCCCUGGAAGAGUCAAGAAUGUUUAUUUUCACCAAAUGACAUGCCUAGCUCAAAAAUAUGUUAAGUUUAAUUCAUGAUUUCUUAUCAUUUUCACAUUUUGUGACCUUGCACACUCAACAAUCCUUUUGAGAUUUUAGCGUUAAUUACUGUUAAAGCCAAGGAAAAAUUUAAAAUACUGGAUUUUUUUCAUUUGUAAUUCACAUAGCUCUAAAAGUAUAUGGCCUACAAUUAUGAAUCCUUUUUAUUCAGCUGCUGUUACACAGAUUCUCCGAGUCUUGGAGACAAUGCGAGGAGAGAAGAAUCGUGAAAUUAAGAGGAUGAUGCAGCGAUUGUUGUCAAGGUCAGCAGCAGAUGACCAACCGCUGCAGCUUCCGAAAGAUAUCUCAUUCCCUAUUCGUUCUCCUGAGCAGAUGGAAGCAUUCGAUGAGCUUCUGGGAGAUCAAACAAUGCUGUCAUCUGUGGUGCGGUUCCUCUCAAUGUUUGGUGGGGCAGAUGUGCGGGAAACUGUUGACCGCUUGAUGAAAGAAACCAUGUCAAAUGAACUGGCAAAAAUGUACAAUAUGAAGUGGCUGAAGGGGAAGAAAAAAUGUCGGGGCCUCUAGAUACUGAAUGUAUUGUAUAGAUAAGGAUGCUUGUUUUGUGGAAUGUGUUCAAAGGAACUUGCCGACAAAGACUGCAACGAGGAAGGAUGUAGAAAUAAAGGUUUCAAAGUGGCUGGCUGGGGUGCGGGACCGCGAUGGGGGAAGGAAAGCAAGAAACAAAGUGUCCGGGACCUUACCUGAAGCAAAUG